GUCAAGAUGACCAUGAAGAGUUCGAGUAUAGUCCACAGGAUGGCUGGUAUAACAACCCUGUCCACAUAGACUGGGGCGCCAUCGAUGGGCAGUUGUUGCGAAGAUCGUCCCCCGCCUAUGCGGACGGCGUAUAUCAUAUGGCCGGACAAAAAAGACCGAAUCCUUUCGAAAUUAGUCGGAUAGCCCACAGUGGUCAACCGGGCCUCGGGUCGGCGAGGGGACGAAACGCCAUGAUGGUGUACUUCGGUCAACAGGUGGUAGAAGAAGUUCUAGACUCCCAGAGACCGGGAUGUCCUCGGGAGUUUGAAAACGUGCCUAUUCCUAAAGACCAUCCGUAUAACCCGGAAGGAAAGGACGACCUAGUCAUGCCGUUUCUGAGGACAAGAUAUGACGCCAGCACUGGUUAUUCCCCUAACAACCCCCGGCAACAGCUUAACGAGAUCACGCCCUAUUUAGACGGGACUUUAAUAUAUGGGCCUGCUAAGGCGUGGACAGAUGCUAUCAGGGCGUUUAAAGACGGAAAACUUAAGGCGAGCAACCCGGAUGAUCCAAUCAAGGACAGUUUCCCCGCCAAGAACACCAUCCGACUGCCUUUCGCCAACCCUCCGGCACCACGACAGCAUACACUAAGGCCAGUGUCCAGAUUCCUGACUAUCGGUAACCCGAGAGGUAAUGAAAAUCCCAUGCUGCUGACAUUUGCAAUACUCUUCUUCCGUUGGCACAACAAGAUCGCCGAGGAUUUAAAGAUUGAUCAUCCGACUUGGGGGGAUGAGGCCCUGUUCGAAGAGGCCCGGAAACUGGUCAUAGCCCACCAUCAGAAUAUCGUGAUGUACGACUGGCUACCAUUGUGGUUGGAGAUCGAUGCCACUGGGAAACCUCUAGCAAUCCCUCCCUACAUUAGAACAAGGAGUACACAAUGCGCCGAGUAUUGUGGGUUCAACGGAUACAGUUCUGAAAUACAUCCGGGCAUUACACAGGAGUUUCAGACCGCCGCCAUGCGGUUUGGACACACCCUGGUCACUCCUGGGCUCUGGUUAAGAGGACCUAUGAGUAGGACCAGCUGUAACUGGAAACCCGUCAAAGUGACCAUACAAGGACAGCCUGGUGAGGUACACGCCCUCCGCCUGUGUAACGCCUACUGGAACUCACAGGACACGGUCGAACCUCAGUUAGACGAUCUUGUCCGUGGUAUGACGUCAACACUGGCGGAGAAGGAGGACCAUAUUAUGGUGCCGGAUUUACGAGAUCACGUGUUCGGUCCCCUGGAAUUUUCUCGUCGUGACCUUGGUGCAAUCAAUAUUCAGCGGGGUCGGGAUCACGGGAUAGCGGGAUACAAUGCCGUCCGAAUGGCAUAUGGUCUGCCAAAGAAAACUUCGUGGAGGGACAUCAAUCCCGAUCUUGAGGACAGUCUCGGGGUAUUGACUGAACUUCAAAAACUCUAUGGGAACGCAACGCAACCUGACGAGCUGGACAUUUUCUCUGGUGGACUCCUCGAGACGACCCUGAACGGUCCUGGAGACCUGUUUAAAGCCAUUAUGCUUGAACAAUUCCUCAGGAUUAGACAUGGUGACCGCUUUUGGUUCGAAAACACAGAAUCGAGAUUUCGACGAUUCACAGAUUCCCAAAUCAACGAAAUCAGAAGGAUCACACUCCGCGAUAUCAUACUAAACGUGACGAAUGUUCUGGACUCGGAAAUAUCUGCCAAUGUCUUCCUGCACAACGGUUUUACAGAUCCGUGUCCUCAACCUGAACAACUGGCAGCAGACACCGGGAAGGCACGAGAUGGCAUGGUUGUCAUAGAAAAUUGUACUACAGUUCAACACUACGAUUACUUCUAUGGAAGUGAGGCGUCAUUUCCCUUGACUUUUCUAGCGUUGGGACUCUGUGUCCCAGGAGUCAUAGGGAUUAUGUUGCUGAUGGUAAAAAUACGCCAGAAACGAAUUCAAGAAGCUAGGAAGAGAAUGGCACCUAAGCAAAGAGCCAAGAGUAACGACCCAAACACAUUUGACGUCAUUGAAUGGAUGGGACCAACAAUGGGAGAAAGACGAGUCAAGGUCAGGUUCGACAGCGACCGGAAAAAAAUACAUGUCACCGAUACCAGGAGGAAGCCAUUGCGCAUGCUCGAUCUCCGUAAAAUGACCGGGAAGAUUCACUUCCGCAAUUCACGAGACAAGGAAAGAAAUAUUAUAUCGGUCAGGCUUCCGAACGAAAUCGAUUUGGUACUACGCUUUCUGGAUGAGGAGGAACGCGACGCAUUCACACAACAGAUAGAAGCCUUCCUUCAGGAGAUGGGCAUCAACAGGGAAGUCCACGAGUUUGAUGAGAAAAGUAUCAUGGAUAUGGCCGAAACCAAGGAGGAGCGGCAGAAGAUUCUCGAUACUUUCUUCCGCGUUGUAUGUGUGCAAGCGUUUGACCGGACACCGGGACAGAUGGACAUUAACAAUUUAAGCGCAGAGGAUAUUAACAAGGUACAGAGAAUACAGCUUACAAGGACAGAAUUUUCAGAGGCCCUUGGGUUGAAACCAACUUCGGUGUUCGUUCGGAACAUGUUCCUCCUGGUGGACUCCGACAAUAGCGGUACCGUCAGCUUCCAGGAAUUCCUAGACAUGUUUAUCGUCAUGGCAUCGGGCAAUGCGGAUGAUAAGGCAAUGCUAAUGUUUAACAUGUACGAUCUCCGAAGGCGAGGCUACCUAUCACGGUCCGAGUUUGUCAAAAUGAUCAAAUCCCUGUUAGACCUGUCCGACCAAUCGAUCGACGACAGCGAGAUCAACAGUUUGAUUGACACCAUGUUCCACACAGCAGGCCUCACUGCAAAUCAAAAUAUCGACCUUAAUGCCUUCAAGCGAAUUUUUGCUUCCGAAGAGCACAAGCACACAUUAGAGAACGCAACCCUCGGACUAGGAACUCUUGAAAAGCCUGCAGCUGCUCCCAAGGCCAAGGGAGGUAAACGAAACGAGCACAGAAAGACCUUCCUACAGAGCUACAGAAUGGGGAGGAACGUUCGAAGUGAUGGAACUGGAGGGUUGACUCGCACGAAAACGAUGGUGAGAGUGAAAACAGUUGAAAAGAAAAAGCCACCUACACUUGCGAAACAGAAAGUUAACGAAGCGAUUCGCUACAUUGAGAAUUACAAACGUCACAUCUUCUGGGUGACUCUGUAUUCACUGGUGCUGUUGGGGAUAUUUUUGGAGAGAGCGUACUAUUAUUCAGUGGAAAGAGAGCAUGCAGGUCUGAGACGUAUCGCCGGAUAUGGAGUUACGAUUACACGGGGUGCAGCUAGUGCCAUGAUGUUUACAUAUUCAAGCUUAUUGGUGACUAUGAGCAGGAAUGUGAUUACGUUUCUGAGAGAGACAUUCCUUCACACAUACAUACCCUUUGACUCUGCCAUCGCCUUCCAUAAGCUCAUAGCAGCCUAUGCUCUAUUCUUUACAGUGAUGCAUUGUGUUGGUCACGGUAUAAAUCUUUACCAUAUUAGUACGCAGUCCUCAACUGACCUCAACUGUAUCUUCCGAGAGUACUUUCGGGCAACUGACAUCUUAGCUUCAUUUCAAUACUGGACCUUCGAAACCAUCACUGGAUUAACUGGCGUCAUACUUACGAUCAUUGUCAUUAUUAUGUACGUGUUUGCUAUCCCGUACGCCCGCCGGAACCUUUUCAACGCCUUUUGGUUCACACAUAACUUCUACAUACUCCUAUAUAUCUUCCUGAUCCUCCAUGGUACUGGACGUCUUGUACAGAGUCCGAUCUUCCCCAACUUUUUCUAUGGUCCUUUAGUCAUCUACGUUCUCGACAAACUCAUCAGCGUUAGCAGGAAAAAGCGGGAAAUCUCGGUGAUACAGGCCGAUCUGCUGCCAUCCGAGGUGACUGCUUUGAAAUUCAAACGCCCGCUCGAUUUUGACUACAAAUCUGGACAAUGGGUUCGAAUCGCAUGCCUCGACAUUGGUGAAGAUGAAUAUCAUCCGUUUACGCUGACGUCUUCUCCUAAUGAGGAUUUUCUCAGUCUCCACAUCCGAGCCGUAGGGCCAUGGACUAUGAAUCUUCGGUCUACAUAUGAUCCAAAUAACCUUGGAGAUCGUAUACCACCAAAGGUGUACGUUGACGGACCUUUUGGGGAGGGACAUCAGGAUUGGUACAAGUACCCCGUGUCUGUACUUGUUGGUGGAGGUAUCGGGGUCACGCCAUUUGCUUCCAUUUUAAAGGACAUUGUCCACCGUUCUCAGACCGUCAACCAACGUAUGACAUGUCAAAAGGUAUACUUCCUGUGGGUGACUCGCACGCAGAAACAGUUUGAGUGGUUAACUGACAUUAUCCGGGACGUAGAGAAUGCCGACAAACAGGAACUGGUGGCUGUCCACAUCUUCAUUACUCAGUUCCAGCAGAAGUUCGACCUGAGGACUACCAUGCUGUAUAUAUGUGAGCGCCACUUCCACAAGAUCGCAGGUAAGAGUCUCUUCACAGGAUUAUCGGCCACCACACACUUCGGGCGUCCUCAGUUCCAGGAUUUCCUCACCUCACUCCACCUCGAACAUAAGGAGGUGAAACAAGUGGGUGUGUUUAGUUGCGGACCUCCUCCGAUGACUCUAAAAGUGGAUCGAGCAUGCACUGAAUUGAACAAGAAUAUUAACUUGCCUACGUACAAUCAUCAUUUUGAAAAUUUCUAAAUAAGAUUGAAAAUAGUAUAUACGCACUAUUUAGUUGAGGACUUUGUGCGACGUGUUUUUUUUAGAAUAUCUGUAUUUAUAUGUACGUCACACUACAAGCUCACACCAUUGCUGACACAUUGUUUAACUCCUUCCAAGUGUACAGAGGCGACGACACGAACUUCCACUGCAAAUGACAAAUCAAAAUCAUCAAUGUCUUACGGAUGCUAAAUAUAUAAUUAAAAACAGUGUAUUCAAUACAAAUGUCAAUAUCGACAUGUCGAAUACUGUCGAUUUGUUGUAUUAUAUUUAACACAUGAAAGGUUUCCAUGCUACAGAUAUAUUAGAAAUUUCGAAUUUUGACUAAUGUUUAUUAAUAAAAAAAACCUUUUUGUACAAUAUGUAUGUUAGCCAUAUGUCACUUCUCCAUUCAGUUGCGGUACUGUCCGGAUUACAGGUCGGACAUCGAUGGAACAUGAAUGGUAUAGGCUGAUUAUGGAGAUCGGAUUAUUAUCAGUUUUUUGCAAAGUUAUUUUAGGCAUAAAUGCAUUAUGGGCGUUCUCUCCCCUAUUCUACCAAAAGCGUGCAAUGAAAUUUCUGUAUGACAGUUUACUGGUAUAUUUCGUAAGUUCCUCUAAUAACAUAAUAUACAGUACAAAACCUACAUUAAAAAAGUUUUUUCUCCUUAAACAUUUGACAUGUUCUGUACGAGGUAUGUUCUCCUAAUACAAAAUAUGACAUGUUUAGCAUAAGUUUUGUUCUCCUGAAAAAAAUGAAAUGUUCCUUACAAGGUAUGUUCUCCUGAUAAGAAGUAUGACAUGUUCUCUCCAAGGUAUGUUCCUCUGAUAAGAAGUGUGACAUGUUCUGUCCAAGGUAUGGUCCACUGAUAAGAAGUGUGACAUGUUCUGUCCAAGGUAUGGUCCACUGAUAAGAAGUGUGACAUGUUCUGUCCAUGGUAUACUCUCCCAUAAAAAGUCGGACAUGUUCUGUACAAAGUAUGUUCCUCUGUACAUGAUAUGAUCCCCUAGUAGGAAGUUUGAUAUGUUAACUAGAUAAUAUUUUGACUACGUGUCAUCAUUUAUCACAACUUUGUUGAUAACAAUGUAAUUUUGUAUUUAUAUCGUUUACAUUCAAUCUGAAACCUUAUCUUGUUGCUGUGCGUUAUCAUGGUGGUUUUGAUGAUAGAAAUUUAAUGUGAAUACCUGUUUCUGUGAUUUAAUAAUCCCGAUAGUACUAGUACAAUCAAGCCCCGGAAAUACCUUGUACUUGGCUAUAUUAAUCGGAGCCACGUGAAAAAUAUCCUAGGCUGUUUGGCAAGCAGUAGUGUUACAAAAUAAAUAACUUUUGUAAUUUUUCUUGCUCCCUCUCCACUGUGAAAAAGAAUCUUCCGAUACACCAGUGUAUAAUUAUCCUCCGUAUAAAAUUGUAUGGAGUUUAAUAAGCAUGAUGAAAUGUAAAAUGAAAUUAAGUAGAAUUUCCAAAUUCAUGGUUUUUUUCAAAUAUGUACAUCAGAAAGGAACAUUUUUGAGUAGGUUAUUGGAAUAUCAUCAGUUUGAAUCCUAGGCUGACUCAUAUACAUUGUAGAUAUAAUACUAGUUCAAAUUGUAUCAGAAGGUGCCAUUUAGUGUAUACUUUAUAUUUAGUAGUAGUAUUGUGAUCCUGUUAGUUGUACUUGUGUGUAUACUAUAUAUGUUGUAGUAGUAUUGUGACCCUGUUAGUUGUACUAGUGUGUAUACUAUAUAUGUAGUAGUAGUAUUGUGACCCUGUUAGUUGUAUUUGUGUGUAUACUAUAUAUGAAGUAGUAGAAUUGUGAUCCUGUUAGUUGUACUUGUGUGUAUACUAUAUAUGUAGUAGUAGUAUUGUGACCCUGUUAGUUGUAUUUGUGUGUAUACUAUAUAUUUAGUAGUAGUAUUGUGAUCCUCUUAGUUGUACUUGUGUGUAUACUAUAUAUGUAGUAGGAGUAUUGUGACCCUGUUAGUUGUAUUUGUGUGAAUACUAUAUAUGAAGUAGUAGAAUUGUGAUCCUGUUAGCUGUACUUGUGUGUAUACUAUAUAUUUAGUAGUAGUAUUGUGAUCCUCUUAGUUGUACUUGUGUGUAUACUAUAUAUGUUGUAGUAGUAUUGUGACACUGUUAGUUGUACUUGUGUGUAUACUAUAUAUUUAGUGUAGAAUGUGAUCCUGUUAGUUGUAAUUGUGUGUAUACUAUAUAUGUAGUAGUAGUAUUUUGACCCUGUUAGUUGUACUUGUGUGUAUACUAUAUAUUUUGUAGUAGAAUUGUGACCCUGUUAGUUGUACUUGUGUGUAUACUAUAUAUUUAGUAGUAGUUUUGUGACACUGUUAGUUGUACUUGUGUGUAUACUAUAUAUGUAGGAGUAGUAUUGUGACCCUGUUAGUUAUACUUGUGUGUAUACUAUAUAUGUAGUAGUAUUGUGAUCCUGUUAGUUGUACUUGUAUGUAUACUAUAUAUGUUGUAGUAGUAUUGUGACACUGUUAGUUGUACUUGUGUGUAUACUAUAUAUUUAGUGUAGAAUGUGAUCCUGUUAGUUGUACUUGUGUGUAUACUAUUUAUUUAGUAGUAGUUUUGUGACCCUGUUAGUUGUACUUGUGUGUAUAAUAUAUAUGUAGUAGUAGUAUUUUGACCCUGUUAGUUGUACUUGUGUGUAUACUAUAUAUGUUGUAGUAGUAUUGUGACCCUGUUAGUUGUACUUGUGUGUAUACUAUAUAUUUUGUAGUAGAAUUGUGACCCUGUUAGUUGUACUUGUGUGUAUAAUAUAUAUGUAGUAGUAGUAUUUUGACCCUGUUAGUUGUACUUGUGUGUAUACUAUAUAUGUUGUAGUAGUAUUGUGACACUGUUAGUUGUACUUGUGUGUAUACUAUAUAUUUAGUAGUAGUUUUGUGACACUGUUAGUUGUACUUGUGUGUAUACUAUAUAUUUAGUAGUAGUUUUGUGACCCUGUUAGUUGUAUUUGUGUAUAUACUAUAUAUUUAGUUUUAGUGUCGUGAUCCUGUUAGCUGUACUUAUGUGUAUACUGUAUAUCUAGUGGUUAUUUCAUAUUAUAUAGUAUAUUUUAUUGCUAUGUGUGAUCCAUGUGUGUAAAAUGAAAUCGUUGCAUAUCCAUAAGAUAGAUUGCAAAAAUUAACAAUUUAUAUAUGUAACUUAUAAAUAUAACAUAAUGAAAUAAAAAGUAACAAAGGC